ACGUGUGUGUGUAUGAAAGAAGCGAUUGGUGUUGAGAUUCAAAAUGCGUGCAACAACAAAAACAGCUGUCAUGAAUGCAUACAAACGGCGAAUUGUGCCUGGUGUACGACACCCAACUAUAGAGAAAAUCGCUGCUUUCACUAUGGUUUGGAUUCAAGUUGUCCCAAAGAAUCGAUUUUUUUUCCCAAAACGAGCUACGCAUUCAUUAGAAAUCGACCUUUAACAAGUGAAAGCACCACCGCGCACAAUGCGAAAGCUGCAAGAAAUAAUACGCGAGAAAUCGUGCAGCUAAGGCCACAGCGCAUGAGUUUGCGUUUGCGCGCGAAUGAAGUCUACACCACACAACUGACCUACUCACGUGCCGAUGAUUAUCCAGUCGAUCUUUACUAUCUGAUGGACUUGUCGGACUCCAUGCGAGAUGAUAAGUCCAAACUCUCUGCAUUGGGUAACAGUUUGGCGGAGACUAUGAGCAACAUCACUUCCAAUUUUCGUUUGGGCUUCGGUUCAUUUAUCGACAAAGUUCGCAUGCCAUUUACUGCCGUUUCGAAAAGUUUUUGUGCCAAAAAGUACAGCUAUCGGAAUGUGAUGCCACUUAGCAAUAAUACUUAUCGCUUCGCAUCCCAGGUGGAAAAUGCUGUGAUUGGCGCAAACAUCGACUCGCCCGAAGGUGGGCUGGAUGCAAUGAUGCAGGCAAUUGUAUGCCGCAAAGAGAUCGGCUGGCGUGAAAAGGCGCGGCAUCUGCUGGUUUUCUCGACCGAUGCGAAUUUCCACAGCGCCGGAGAUGGCAAGCUGGCCGGUUUGAUCAAGCCAAAUGAUGCGAAAUGCCAUCUGGACGGCAAAGGCUAUUAUACGCAUGCGGAAAUUUUGGAUUACCCAAGUGUGGGAGCGAUAAGGCAUCAAAUCAAAGAGAAUUCUAUUAAUGUUAUAUUUGCCGUUACAAAUACACAAUUCGACAGAUAUAGGCUGCUAUCCAAUCAAAUUGAGGGCUCUUCGUGUGCAAAAUUAACUAAAGAUUCAUCGAAUGUUGUGAAUAUCGUACGAGAACAAUAUCAGCAAAUUUCGUCCACUAUCCAAAUACUCGAUAAUGCCACCCACCAUGUCAAGGUUAGCUACUAUUCAACUUGCGGCACUGAUGGCGCCGCAAGACCAACUUCGAAAUGCGAUGGCGUACGCAUCGGCGAUAAGAUUACAUUUACCGUGAAUAUCAGCAUACAGUCAUGCCCAGCUGAUCCACGCGAUUGGCAACAAAUCAUACAAAUCUACCCGGUCGGCAUUAAUGAGAGUCUGAUUAUCGAUCUCGAAAUGCUUUGCGGUUGUGAGUGCGAGAGCCAAAAGCUAACACUCAGUGCAGAGUGUUCCUCUCAUGGCAGUCUGGUGUGUGGCGUUUGUGUGUGCGAUGAGAAAUACAUUGGAGCGCAGUGCGAGUGUUCCAGUGCCAAUGUGCAGGCCAACAAUGGUAAUAGUCACUUUUGCCACGACAACUCAACAUUUAUCGACUGCAGUGGGCGUGGCAUUUGCUCGUGUGGUAUAUGCCAAUGCGACCAACGUUCCAACGCCGAGGAAGUGAUUUCGGGCAGAUAUUGUCAAUGUGACAAUUUCUCUUGCGAGCGAUAUGAACGGAAAAUUUGCUCUGGUGCGGAGCAUGGCACAUGUGAAUGCGGUAAAUGCGAUUGUAAGCCGGGUUGGACGGGACCGGCAUGUGAAUGUCAAGUGUCUACAGAGAGCUGCAGGCCACCGGACGGCGGUGAGAUUUGCUCCGGCAAAGGGACAUGCGAGUGUGGCGUGUGCAAAUGCCAGACCACUGCUCAGGGUCGCUAUUCGGGGCAAUACUGCGAAAUGUGCCCGACGUGUUCAAGUCGUUGCUCUGAAAUAAAACAUUGCGUACAAUGCCAAUUGUACGACAUGGGAAAGCUGAAAGAUAAGAUGGACUGCGCAAAUAACUGUUCCAACGUCAAGACAACCGCCCUAGAAAAGGAUGUCUUUGAAAAAUACGAAUUAGUUAAGGGCGAAAAGAAAUGUGUCUUCUACGAUGAUGAAUAUUGUAAAUUUAGUUUUAUAUUCCAAGAAAUGGACGGUACCGAUGAAGUGCGUGCCCUAAAAGAGCGCGAAUGUUUGUCAAAGGUCGCCUUGCUUGGAAUUCUAGGUGGUGUGGCCGGUGCUAUUUUAGGCGUGGGCUUGGCCACGCUGCUUUUGUGGAAAGCCAUCACUACCAUUCAGGAUCAUCGCGAAUAUCAGCGAUUCGAAGAGGAGCAGUUAAAAGCGAAAUGGAAUUCGGAUCACAACCCGCUCUACAAGCAAGCAAUUUCUACUUUUAAAAAUCCUUUGUAUCCCUCUCAAUAGACUACAGAAAAAAAGCUAGUUUAAAAUUAUGCCA